UUUUAACAUGCGUUUAUUCUGUGGUCUAUUGCGACAUCCUAAAUUAGGCUGCCCGCCAAGAAAGCCUGGUUUAGUAAAGGGUACUAUUCAUGCAGUAUUCGGAAGGUAUUUGCUUGUGACAAACACUAUUACAGGGGGAGUAUUAUUAGCUGCGGGAGAUAUGAUUCAACAAGAAAUUGAGCGUUACAGGCACAAAGAAGUUUCGAAACGAAUGAACCGAUACGACUGGCCACGAGUGGGGCGCAUGUUUUUUGCUGGACUUAUACAAGGACCACCACAACAUUACUUCUACAAAAAGUUAGAUGCUGUGCUCCCAAAUAGAGACUGGAAGAGUGUGUGUGCGAAAAUAUUUUUGGACCAGACUGUGGCAUCACCUACCUGUAUUGUCCUCUUUUUCUGUGGUGUGGGUAUUUUUGAGAAGGAUGCCUACAGCGAAAUAUGGUCAGAAAUAAAAAGUAAAUUCUGGACAGUUUAUGCUGCGGAUUGGUUGGUGUGGCCUCCAAGUCAGUUCAUUAAUUUCUACUUCGUGCCUCCAACUUACAGAUUAAUGUAUGUAAACAUUGUCACAACGCUGUACAAUGUUUUACUGUCAUAUAUCAAGCAUGAAAUGUGAUACAAAUUAGACAAUACCAUCACGACAUCAUAAGGAAUACUUAUAUUGAACAAGAGGCGUGAUUUUACUGCAUACUGUGCCAGUGAAGAGAGCAGUAGAAGGCAGAUGUCACUAAUGUAUGAGACCAGUCAACUGAGAGCCCAUGUCCGUGAUGCACAAUCACAUGCAUGCGUUCUAACAUACAUUUGCUUGAACAAUAGUAGAAUAGUUAUCAGAUGAAUAAAUAAAAUUGCUCUCAUCACAGUGA